AUGGAGAGCCCACCUCUGUCCGUCGGCAGCCGCCGCGGCUCUGUUGAUUCGGUCGAUUUCGAUGCCUAUCUGGCAAACUACGUGCCGCUGUCCAAUCUGCCCACCCCUCCGCCUGCCCAGGCCGGCGCGUCCUGGGCUGAGUCGCCCAGGAGCCUGCCUGGCCGUUUGGCGGACGAGAGCGAUCUGCGGGGGCCCGCGGCACACCUCGCCAAGAUGGUUCCCUCAAACGCCUGCAGCCGUCGUCCGUCCGUCAGCACCAUCCAGGACUACCUGGAACGCUCCAGUCUGCCCUUCGAGAUCCUCGGCCUGACGGCGUGCAUCCUCGAUGCUCUGAGCAUGCGCUUCGCCAAAAAGUGGCGGCACGCCCUAACCCUCAACGAGUCUACUCCCGCCGCCUCACCGCUCCUCGAGGCCGCAAAUGCCCCCGUUUCUCCUCCUGCCUCGCCCACUCUCAUGUCCGCUGCUCCCGUGCUGAGCUCUCCCAUCAAGAGCUGUGCCGACCCCGAGCUGCUGGUGCUGGCUGCUCUGGCCCUCGCGACCUCGUACCUUGACGACCACCAAGUGUCGCUGCAGCACUGGGCGAAGCGCAUCUCGUGCGGAGUCUACUCCGCUCGCCAGCUGUCCACCACCCAGCGCUGCAUGCUCAUUGACCUGGACUAUGACCUGCACUCGUUCACUCUCGAGUUCAUUCGCGACGCCAUCGAGGAUAUGCACCGAGAGAGCCUCCGCAACCGCCAAAAGGCCGCCGCCGCCGCCGCCGCCGCUACUACCGCCACGGCUACCAUCAAGGCUGUUGCUGACGAGCCGUAUGCGGCGGUCGGUGAAAAGAACCGGCCAGCGCCGCUCUCGCUCCAUGGCUCGGCGACGUGGUUCAAGGGCGUUGCGACACCGGAACCGAGCCCGAGCGUCAUGGCUCUCGAUCAUGCUUGGGAUUAA